AUGGCCACGGCCCUAUUGCGCUCGCUGUCGCGCACGACGAGGACAACACCCGCCUCGCGAUUUGUCUCUCGUAGUCUCUCUGUCUCAUCUGUGGUGCGUCAGGCAGACCCGUCGGCUGAGGCAGCCAAAAAAACUGGGUUCGACUACCACACCGUGGAGGAUCUGCAUGGCAUGAGUGCCCGCGAAAUAUUAACCGGUCCGAAGGAUGACUCAAAAAUGCGGCAUUUUACAGUCAAUUUCGGACCGCAACAUCCUGCUGCGCACGGUGUGCUACGCAUGAUCCUUGAGUUGAACGGAGAGGAGAUUCUUCGCGCGGAUCCCCAUAUCGGCUUGCUUCACCGUGGAACAGAGAAGCUCAUCGAGUACAAGACCUACAUUCAAGCUCUCCCAUAUUUUGACCGUCUGGACUACGUGUCUAUGAUGACGAACGAACUUUGCUAUUCUCUCGCGGUCGAAAAGUUGCUCAAUAUACAGGUUCCUGACCGUGCUCAAUGGAUACGAACUUUGUUUGGAGAAAUUACGCGUAUCCUGAACCAUCUCAUGGCUGUCCUUACGCACGUCAUGGACGUUGGUGGUCUUACGCCCUUUCUGUGGGGUUUUGAGGAGCGCGAGAAGCUCAUGGAAUUCUAUGAACGUGUCUCCGGUGCUCGGCUCCAUGCUGCCUAUGUCCGCCCCGGAGGUGUUGCUUUCGAUCUUCCCCAUGGACUUCUUGACGAUAUCUUCAAGUGGGCCACCCAAUUCUCAACUAGAGUGGACGAGAUCGAGGAGGUCGUUACCGGUAACCGUAUCUGGAAAGAGCGGACGAUUGGUGUUGGACCUGUGACAGCAAAGCAAGCUCUCGACUACAGCUUCAGCGGCGUCAUGCUUCGUGGUAGCGGCGUUCCUUGGGAUCUGCGAAAGGUUGCCCCCUACGACAAGUACGCGGAGGUCGAGUUCGAUAUUCCUGUCGGCCGGAAUGGAGACUGCUAUGACCGUUAUUUGUGCCGUGUUCAGGAGAUGAGAGAGAGCCUGCAUAUCAUCUCCCAAUGCUUAAACAAGAUGCCUACUGGGGCCGUCAAGGUUGAUGACCACAAGCUCGUUCCUCCGCCCCGUGCUAUGAUGAAGGAGAGUAUGGAAUCACUAAUUCAUCACUUUAAGAUCUUCAGCGAAGGUUAUUCUGUUCCUCCCGGAGAGACAUACAGCGCCAUUGAGGCGCCUAAGGGCGAAAUGGCCGUCUACCUUGUUUCUGAUGGCACAAACCGGCCAUACCGAUGUAGCAUCCGUGCUCCUGGUUUCGCCCAUCUCGCCGGUUCCGAUUUUAUGAUGAGACCUGACUCUCCGUCUUCGCAGCAUAUGAUCGCAGAUGCCGUCGCCAUCAUUGGUACAAUGGAUCUUGUGUUCGGUGAGGUCGAUAGAUAG